GAAACCCUAAACAGGCAUGUGGGACUUAGUCCUAUGGGCCUUCUAUCUAAAUUUUGAAUAUCUAGCUCAAGGGCUGUGUUGGUAUCUUUUGGAGGCUUUGGAAUUUUUCACAGAUGAAUUGCUAGCAUUUUGUUUGGUUUUUGCCUCAUUUGUUGAAGAAUACAUUGGGAGAAUCUUUUGUCAAAUCUUGAUUGCUUAGGUUCUUGAAAUAACUCAAAAUCCAGGCCAAAUUUGAAACCCUAGAAGAAGAAAUUAGAAACUGAAUUCAGAAAAAAGUGAAUUGAGAGUGUUGUUGAGUUUUUGGAAACGGGGUAGUUAGAAGAAUCAGUUUCAGAUCAUAUUGAGGGUAUAUUUAUCAAUGGGUUCGUUUGAGAACACAGUUUAUUACUGCUGUGUGUCGAAGGGUAAUAGAAUUAUGUAUGCAUAUAGUGGUGGAGGCCAUGAGAUUGAGAAUUUGGCUGCCUUGUGCUUGGAAAGAGCUCCUCCCUUUCACAAAUGGUAUUUUCAGACCAUGGGCAAGAAAACUUUUGGGUUUUUGAUGGAAGAUGGGCAUGUUUAUUUUGCAAUUGUAGAUGAGGGUCUUGGAAACCCAGGAGUUCUACAGUUUCUAGAACACAUGAGAGAUGAAUUCAAGAAGAUAGCUAGAAAGGAUUCUAGGGGAAGUCCUUCAAGUUUUAACUCACUCCAUAUACAAGAUCAACUGGUGCCCAUUAUCCACCACUUGAUCUCCUCAUUAGAGCAUGUUUCUCAGACUAGUAAUAAUUGGAUAGCUGAGUCUCCCUUGCCACAUCAUGUGGGUCUUUCUCCAUCACCAAGUGAUGCAAAUGGGCAAAUGGAAGCUGCCAGUUCUACAAAAGCCCCAUUGUUAGGAAAGUUUAGCAAGCAAGAGAAGAAGAAGAAGAUGAAGGAUCCUGUCAUUGCAAUGAGAGACAUUGAGUUGGAGGAGCACCGGAAGUCCACAGACAGAGGAAUCAAGAUAGAUUCGGGGAAUUCGGAUUCCAAUAGCCAAGGUGGUGUUGGUUCUUCAAUUUCAUUACAGAAGGAUUUGGGUUCAAUCAGGAUCAGGUCAGGCUCUCAAAGCAUCCGAAAGAAGUGGUGCCGCCACGUAAGGAUUGUUCUUGCAAUUGAUGCAGCUGUAUGCCUGAUACUGUUUGUGAUAUGGUUAGUAAUUUUCCAUCUCACAAAGAAGUAAUAUGCUUGAUACUGCAUGUGUGCAACAGACUUCUUGACAAGGUAAAUAUAUAUUGAAGGUAUGUGCUUCAAAUUACACUGUCGGUAGCAUCAUAUUGUGGUUAUUCUGUACAGAAUCUUUUAUGUAUAUGUAUAUGAACGUGUUAGAGCUAGAGAAACAUUGAGUCCCACUUAUGGAGCCAUUUCACGCCACUUGGCAUGGUGAAAUACUAUAUUCCUCAGUUCUCAUUUCAGUUUCAUUUUGUUAUAAUUUAUAA